AUGGCUGAACUGCGGGAAUUGGUGGGUUCUCUCGCCAGUUCUAGUGCUAAAAAAUUUAACACUAUAGAGCAGUUCAUGGAAAAGGCCUCGGGUAAGUUCCUGGCUCUUGAAGCUGGCCAGAGGAACACACAGGCUGUCUUGCAGGAUAUCCAAACCCAGCUGGGGAGUGUGGCUCAAGCAGUGGCACAAAGGGCUCCUGGUACUUUGCCCGGUCAGACCAUCCCUCACCCUCAGAACCCGAAUGAGCACUGCAAUGCCAUCAUAACUAGGAGUGGCAAGAUGACUGUUGAUCCACCUGCUCGGGCACAAGAGAGAGAGGCCCCUGUCCCGGCAUCUCCAGCAGCUGAAGAAGAAGUAGAGAAGGAGGUUGAGGUGCCUGCACCUAAACCGCAACCAGUAGUGAAGGAUUAUAUCCCUAAACCUCCCUUCCCUACUCGGUUGCACAAAGACAGGCUGGAGGCAGAGUUCGAGAACUUCAUGGCCAUGCUUAGGAAGCUGAAUGUUCAAGUACCUUUCCUGGAGGCACUAUAUCAAAUGCCUAAGUAUGCGAAGUUCCUGAAGGAUCUUCUCAAAGAAGCAGAAGCUGAGCGAGCUGGCCAUUGUGGAGCUCAGCGAGGAGUGCUCGGCCAUUCUGCAGAACAAGCUUCCGCAUAA